AUGGCAAAACCAAGGGAACGAGUACUGGACUUCACACACUCUACCCCGCAACGAGCGCUCAAGCUCCUCGAAUUACCACCCGAAUUGGCAGAGCUCAUUUCCUCCGGGAAUGGAUCCACUCUCUACCUAAAGUCCGGACGAGCCUCCUCCUCCUCCUCUCCCCCCUCGACAUCCAGCGACGCCUAUGUAAACCUCUGUACAACCACCCAAACCUACAUGGUCCGCCAAGUCCACUCCUCGAAUUGCAUAUACCUUACCCAGCCCUGCCGCUCAACCACCCCCCACCAGCCGCAGCAGCCAAAGCCAGAUGCCCCCGCCUGCAUCACAACCAUCGCCAAAUGCAACGCCACGCUCGAACUCGUGAAGAUGGAUAGUAGUAACUCAUACUCCGCGUUCCCAUACCUGCAGCGUGCUCUGCGUGUGUAUAGCGGCACGCAUGCCGAGGAGGGUAGGGAUGUUGAUAUGCUCGAUGGCAGCGAUGGAGAUACGGGGUUAUCUGCGGCUUCUACUAAUACAACGGUGCGAAGGGAGCGGGAGCGGAAGCGGGAGCGGCGGAGGGUUAUGAGGAAGGUAUUUGCGGACGUGCCGUUGUCACUGGCGGAGUGUGAACGGGGUUGGGUGGAGAUGUGCGGGUUUGUGCAUUUCGAACGCGAUUUUGGUGGUGGUGGUGGUGCUACUUCUGCUGCUGGUUUUCGAUUAGCUUGUUGGCGGCCAUCGGCUGUUGUAAGGGUCCAGGCUUGGAAAAGGGUUCUGGAUGGGGCUGUGUUGCAGGGGAUUGAUGUGGGGAAGCAGUUUUUGACACAGGAUUUGUGGCGGGGUUUUAGGGAUGGGGAUGAAGGGGAUGGGAAAGAGAGUGGAGAUGCCGGGUUUCCAAGGUCGUUAUUCGAUGCGUUGGUGAGGAGGUUAAUGGGGGAUCCUGCAUCAGUGGGUCUGGGGAAGGUUUGUGAGGAGAUUAAAUGGGCAAGUUUUGAUAGAGAUACUACUGUGAGUUGGGUUGGGGAAAGUUAUCUGGAGGCUAACGCGCCAGAUCCAACGAUGGCGAUGGAUCGUGCCCAAUUCAUGGAGAGCUGGAAGGAUCUUUUGCCGGAGUCGUGGAGGUGCAGAGCUACGUGGGAUAAUUUGAAGUCAACGAUAUCGACUCCAGAUAAUCUGAGUACUCCCCCUGUGGUCUAUGGGCAUUAA